AUGUCAGGCGCUGCUUCGCCGGCGCUCGAGACUCUGGAGCUGGCUGUGGCGGCCGACUGCACAGGUCAUGCGCCUUUGAAACUCACCGGCCUGAGGCUUUACCAUUCGACCGAGAAGCUUGCUAACCUCGAUGGUUCUUAUGCGGAAGCAGGUCAUAAUCGAACAAUGUCUCCCGAAAGCGUUUCCUCUCUAUUCCCCCAGAGACCGAUUCGUCCUUUGCCGAAGCGUCGCUUGAGGGAACGCCUCUCUCCCGAGGUGGCGGACUCCAUCGACUACCCCCCUGCAAACCACAACAGUAGUCCUCUGUUCUACUACCCAAAUAUCGUGCGAGAUGAGAUGCCCUUCAGGGCAGGAGGCUUGAACGGUGCGAGUCGAGGUAAUGGAGGGUAUGGAGGAGCAACCCGAGGAACACCAGCGAUUGGAGAGAGUGACGAGGAGGAAUUAGCCCUGAGCAGCAGCAAAGUGGUUCGGCGUUCACAUCCAGAGAUACUCAACCGCGUCUCAACGAAGCCUCCGAAACCGGAACACUCCAAGCACCCCAGUCCUCAGCCGCCACCUUCGACAACAUCCUCAGCAGAUGGGUACGAAUCGUUCGAGAACACCAAUAACAAGAAGAAGAGGAAGAUUCCGACUGCUGGAGACUCGACACUAUCUGGUGUGCACUCCAUGGGUGAUAUCAACUCUAUAGGUGUAUCAACAGUCAUGUCUCCGUCAAACGACCAUGGUGAACUCGCUGGAUCGAUAUCGCCGUCAUACUAUGGCGCUGGAAGUUUUGUUGGAAACAAUCAAGGCAUCUCAGGACCAGGACGAGGCAGAUUUGGAAGAUCAAGAAAUGGCAGAAGUCCACUUAGGGCUCUAUCUGACGCAACAAACAACUGGGUGGGCAGAGGAGCCAAGAUCCGGCCGCCUCAAUGGGCAACGCCAAGCAUCCACGCCCUGGAGUACAAACACCAGCUUCUCAGCUCCUUCACCUCGACCUUUCCCACAGCGAUCACAGCAUCCGCAUUGUUUUGCGUAUUUAUCGCAACGCUGCGUUUCUGGGAUGCGCCGCUAAUUCUUACAUCUACAGACGAACAUCCCGGCAUCAUUUCGAGUGCCAUUGCGAAUGCAGAAAAGGUCCACUCAGCUCCGGGUCAGGAAAACGUGAGCCUCCUCCAUCAGCAAUCCUCCAGCGUCAAAUCUAGCCCCACUGCCACUCAAUUCACCUUCACUUGCGACUCCCCAGUUCCAAAGCCUCACUGGCCCGGAACUGAUCCUGCGAUCUCCCACCCCGGAUACCCCAGACAACCCAGGCACGCCUCGAUGGCGACACAGACUACGCCAGAUGCCGCCGGCACGGAAACUGGCUCAGGCGAUCCUGCGCCUGCUGGCAAGAAGGCUCCUCGGGCCAUGUCAAAGAAGAAGCGGCGUCAGCUUGCUGAGAAGGAAUUGCGUAACGCAGCCAAGUCACGUCGUCAGGAAGCCGAGGAGAAAUACUACAAAAAUCCACCCAAGCUUGAGGAUAUGUGGAUUUGCGAAUUUUGCGAGUACGAGAGAAUCUUUGGCUCGCCUCCUUAUGCCUUGAUUCGGCAAUACGAGAUCAAGGACAAGAAAGCCCGCGAGAAGGAGUCAGAGCGGAAGCGACUUUUGGAGAAGGCCAAAACCAAGGGCAGAAAGGCCAGGAAGCAAGCCAAGUCCCCCGCCAAGACAACACCAUCUCAUAACCACACCGAGGACCAAGGCGCCCAUGCUCCUAUGGGCCCCGAUGAGAGCACCUCCAGUCCCGGCGAUGACUAUCUUGACGAUUAUCCGAAUGGCAACUACCACAACGACGAAGACUUUGAAGAUACAUACUCUCAAGACGACCCGCCGAUGUUGCUCAGCGACGACCCAGACCAAGAGUGUACUUGCCCACAUACAACCUGCAGCGAUUGCGGCGGAGACCAGAAUGAGGUGGAUGACCCCGGCGAGGCAGUUGACUGA